AUGCUGUUGCAGUGGAGUCUCAUCAGAAAAUCAGAAACAGCUGCGCAGAAGCGGCUGCGCAGGAACAGCUGCGCAGAAGCGGCUGCGCAGAAGCGGCUGCGCAGAAGCGGCUGCGCAGAAGCGGCUGCGCACAAGCGGCUGCGCACAAGCGGCUGCGCAGAAGCGGCUGCGCAGAAGCGGCUGCGCAGAAGCGGCUGCGCAGAAGCGGCUGCGCAGAAGCGGCUGCGCAGAAGCGGCUGCGCAGAAGCGGCUGCGCAGAAGCGGCUGCGCAGAAACGGCUGCGCAGAAACGGCUGCGCAGAAACGGCUGCGCAGAAACGGCUGCGCAGAAACGGCUGCGCAGAAACGGCUGCGCAGAAACGGCUGCGCAGAAGCGGCUGCGCAGAAGCGGCUGCGCAGAAGCGGCUGCGCAGAAGCGGCUGCGCACAAGCGGCUGCGCAGAAGCGGCUGCGCAGAAGCGGCUGCGCAGAAGCGGCUGCGCAGAAGCGGCUGCGCAGAAGCGGCUGCGCAGAAGCGGCAGCGCAGAAGCGGCUGCGCAGAAGCGGCUGCGCAGAAGCGGCUGCGCAGAAACGGCUGCGCAGAAACGGCUGCGCAGGAACAGCUGCGCAGGAACAGCUGCGCAGGAACAGCUGCGCAGAAACAGCUGCGCAGGAACAGCUGCGCAGGAACAGCUGCGCAGGAACAGCUGCGCAGGAACAGUUGCGCAGGAACAGCUGCGCAGGAACAGCUGCGCAGGAACAGCUGCGCAGGAACAGCUGCGCAGGAACAGCUGCGCAGGUACAGCUGCGCAGAAACAGCUGCGCAGGAACAGCUGCGCAGGAACAGCUGCGCAGGAACAGCUGCGCAAGAACAGCUGCGCAGGUACAGCUGCGCAGGAGCAGCUGCGCAGGAACAACUGCGCAGAAACAACUGCGCAGAAACAGCUGCGCUGGAACAGCUGCGCAGAAACAGCUGCGCAGAAACAGCUGCGCAGAAACAGCUUCGCAGAAACAGCUGCGCAGAAACAGCUGCGCAGAAACAGCUGCGCAGGAACAGCUGCGCAGGAACAGCUGCGCAGAAGCAGCUGCGCAGAAACAGCUGCGCAGAAACAGCUGCGCAGAAACAGCUGCGCAGAAACAGCUGCGCAGAAACAGCUGCGCAGAAACAGCUGCGCAGAAACAGCUGCGCAGAAACAGCUGCGCAGAAACAGCUGCGCAGAAACAGCUGCGCAGAAACAGCUGCGCAGAAACAGCUGCGCAGAAACAGCUGCGCAGAAACAGCUGCGCAGGAGCAGCUGCGCAGGAACAGCUGCGCAGGAACAGCUGCGCAGGAACAGGUGCGCAGGAACAGGUGCGCAGGAACAGGUGCGGAGGAACAGGUGCGCAGGAACAGCUGCGCAGGAACAGGUGCGCAGGAGCAGGUGCGCAGGAACAGCUGCGCAGGAACAGCUGCGCAGGAACAGCUGCGCAGGAACAGCUGCGCAGGAACAGGUGCGCAGGAAAAGCUGCGCAGAAACAGCUGCGCAGAAACAGCUGCGCAGAAACAGCUGCGCAGAAACAGCUGCGCAGAAACAGCUGCGCAGAAACAGCUCCGCAGAAACAGCUCCGCAGAAACAGCUGCGCAGAGACAGCUGCGCAGAGACAGCUGCGCAGAUACAGCUGCGCAGAAACAGCUGCGCAGAUACAGCAGCGCAGAAACAGCUGCGCAGAAACAGCUGCGCAGAAACAGCUGCGCAGAAACAGCUGCGCAGAAACAGCUGCGCAGAAACAGCUGCGCAGAAACAGAUGCGAAGAAACAGCUGCGCAGAAACAGCUGCGCAGAAACAGCUGCGCAGAAACAGCGGCGCAGAAACAGCGGCGCAGAAACAGCUGCGCAGGAACAGCUGCGCAGAAACAGCUGCGCAGAAACAGCUGCGCAGGAACAGCUGCGCAGGAACAGCUGCGCAGAAACAGCUGCGCAGAAACAGCUGCGCAGAAACAGCUGCGCAGGAACAGCUGCGCAGGAACAGCUGCGCAGAAACAGCUGCGCAGAAACAGCUGCGCAGAAACAGCUGCGCAGAAACAGCUGCGCAGGAACAGCUACGCAGAAACAGCUGCGCAGAAACAGCUGCGCAGAAACAGCUGCGCAGAAACAGCUGCGCAGAAACAGCUGCGCAGAAACAGCUGCGCAGAAACAGCUGCGCAGAGACAGCUGCGCAGAAACAGCUGCGCAGAGACAGCUGCGCAGAAACAGCUGCGCAGAAACAGCUGCGCAGAAACAGCUGCGCAGAAACAGCUGCGCAGAAACAGCUGCGCAGAAACAGCUGCGCAGAAACAGCUGCGCAGAUACAGCGGCGCAGAAACAGCGGAUCUCUAGACCACGCGCGCGUACGGAGUUCGUCACCCAUGCUGUUGCAGUGAAGUCUCAUCAGAAAAUCAGAAACAGCUGCGCGGAGACGGCUGCGCAGAAGCGGCUGCGCGGAAGCGGCUGCGCGGAAACGGCUGCGCGGAAACGGCUGCGCGGAAACGGCUGCGCGAGAACAGCUGCGCGAGAACAGGUGCGCGGGAACAGGUGCGCGGGAACAGCUGCGCAGGAACAGCUGCGCAGGAACAGCUGCGCAGGAACAGGUGCGCAAAAACAGGUGCGCAAAAACAGGUGCGCAGGAACAGCUGCGCAGGAACAGCUGCGCAGGAACAGCUGCGCAGGAACAGCUGCGCAGGAACAGCUGCGCAGGAACAGCUGCGCAGGAACAGCUGCGCAGGAACAGCUGCGCAGAAACAGCUGCGCAGAAACAGCUGCGCAGAAACAGCUGCGCAGAAACAGCUGCGCAGAAACAGCUUCGCAGAAACAGCUGCGCAGAAACAGCAGCGCAGGAACGGCUGCGCAGAAACGGCUGCGCAGAAACGGCUGCGCAGAAACGGCUGCGCAGAAACGGCUGCGCAGAAACGGCUGCGCAGAAACGGCUGCGCAGAAACGGCUGCGCAGAAGCGGCUGCGCGGAAGCGGCUGCGCGGAAACGGCUGCGCGGAAACGGCUGCGCGGAAACGGCUGCGCGAGAACAGCUGCGCGAGAACAGGUGCGCGGGAACAGCUGCGCGGGAACAGCUGCGCGGGAACAGCUGCGCAGGAACAGCUGCGCAGGAACAGGUGCGCAAAAACAGGUGCGCAGGAACAGGUGCGCAGGAACAGCUGCGCAGGAACAGCUGCGCAGGAACAGCUGCGCAGGAACAGCUGCGCAGGAACAGCUGCGCAGAAACAGCUGCACAGAAACAGCUGCGCAGAAACAGCUGCGCAGAAACAGCUUCGCAGAAACGGCUGCGCUGGAACGGCUGCGCAGAAACGGCUGCGCAGAAACGGCUGCGCAGAAACGGCUGCGCAGAAACGGCUGCGCAGAAACGGCUGCGCAGAAACGGCUGCGCAGAAAAGGCUGCGCAGAAACGGCUGCGCAGAAACAGCUGCGCAGAAACAGCUGCGCAGAAGCAGCUGCGCAGAAGCAGCUGCGCAGAAGCAGCUGCGCAGAAGCAGCUGCGCAGAAGCAGCUGCGCAGAAGCAGCUGCGCAGAAGCAGCUGCGCAGAAACAGCUGCGCAGAAACAGCUGCGCAGAUACAGCUGCGCAGAUACAGCUGCGCAGAAACAGCUGCGCAGAAACAGCUGCGCAGAAACAGCUGCGCAGGAACAGCUGCGCAGGAACAGCUGCGCAGGAACAGCUGCGCAGGAACAGCUGCGCAGGAACAGCUGCGCAGGAACAGCUGCGCAGGAACAGCUGCGCAGGUACAGCUGCGCAGGAACAGCUGCGCAGGAACAGCUGCGCAGAAACAGCUGCGCAGGAACAGCUGCGCAGGAACAGCUGCGCAGGAACAGCUGCGCAGGAACAGCUGCGCAGGUACAGCUGCGCAGGAACAGCUGCGCAGGAACAGCUGCGCAGGAACAGCUGCGCAGGAACAGCUGCGCAGAAACAGCUGCGCAGGAACAGCUGCGCAGAAACAGCUGCGCAGGAACAGCUGCGCAGAAACAGCUGCGCAGGAACAGCAGCGCAGGAACAGCUGCGCAGGAACAGCUGCGCAGGAACAGCUGCGCAGGAACAGCUGCGCAGGAACAGCUGCGCAGAAACAGCUGCGCAGAAACAGCUGCGCAGGAACAGCUGCGCAGAAACAGCUGCGCAGAAACAGCUGCGCAGGAACAGCUGCGCAGAAACAGCUGUGCAGAAACAGCUGCGCAGGAACAGCUGCGCAGGAACAGCUGCGCAGGAACAGCUGCGCAGGAACAGCUGCGCAGAAACAGCUGCGCAGGAACAGCUGCGCAGAAACAGCUGCGCAGAAACAGCUGCGCAGAAACAGCUUCGCAGAAACAGCUGCGCAGGAACAGCUGCGCAGAAACAGCUGCGCAGAAACAGCUGCGCAGGAACAGCUGCGCAGAAAAAGCUGCGCAGAAACAGCUGCGCAGAAACAGCUGCGCAGGAACAGCUGCGCAGAAACAGCUGCGCAGGAACAGCUGCGCAGAAACCGCUGCGCAGAAGCAGCUGCGCAGAAGCAGCUGCGCAGAAGCAGCUGCGCAGAAGCAGCUGCGCAGAAGCAGCUGCGCAGAAACAGCUGCGCAGAAACAGCUGCGCAGAUACAGCUGCGCAGAUACAGCUGCGCUGAAACAGCUGCGCAGAAACAGCUGCGCAGAAACAGCUGCGCAGAAACAGCUGCGCAGGAACAGCUGCGCAGGAACAGCUGCGCAGGAACAGCUGCGCAGGAACAGCUGCGCAGGAACAGCUGCGCAGGAACAGCUGCGCAGAAACAGCUGCGCAGAAACAGCUGCGCAGAAACAGCGGCGCAGAAACAGCGUGAAGUCUCAUCAGAAAAUCAGAAACAGCUGCGCAGAAGCGGCUGCGCAGGAACAGCUGCGCAGAAGCGGCUGCGCAGAAGCGGCUGCGCAGAAGCGGCUGCGCAGAAGCGGCUGCGCAGAAGCGGCUGCGCAGAAGCGGCUGCGCAGAAGCGGCUGCGCAGAAGCGGCUGCGCAGAAACGGCUGCGCAGAAACGGCUGCGCAGAAGCGGCUGCGCAGAAGCGGCUGCGCAGAAGCGGCUGCGCAGAAGCGGCUGCGCAGAAGCGGCUGCGCAGAAGCGGCUGCGCAGAAGCGGCUGCGCAGAAGCGGCUGCGCAGAAACGGCUGCGCAGAAACGGCUGCGCAGAAACGGCUGCGCAGAAACGGCUGCGCAGAAACGGCUGCGCAGAAACGGCUGCGCAGAUACGGCUGCGCAGAAACGGCUGCGCAGAAGCGGCUGCGCAGAAGCGGCUGCGCAGAAGCGGCUGCGCAGAAGCGGCUGCGCACAAGCGGCUGCGCAGAAGCGGCUGCGCAGAAGCGGCUGCGCAGAAGCGGCUGCGCAGAAGCGGCGGCGCAGAAGCGGCUGCGCAGAAGCGGCUGCGCAGAAGCGGCUGCGCAGAAGCGGCUGCGCAGAAGCGGCUGCGCAGAAGCGGCUGCGCAGAAGCGGCUGCGCAGAAGCGGCUGCGCAGAAGCGGCUGCGCAGAAGCGGCUGCGCAGAAACGGCUGAGCAGAAACGGCUGCGCAGAAACGGCUGCGCAGAAACGGCUGCGCAGCAGCAGCUGCGCAGAAGCAGCUGCGCAGAAGCAGCUGCGCAGAAACAGCUGCGCAGAUGCAGCUGCGCAGAAACAGCUGCGCAGAAACAGCUGCGCAGAAGCGGCUGCGCAGAAGCGGCUGCGCAGAAGCGGCUGCGCAGAAGCGGCUGCGCAGAAGCGGCUGCGCAGAAGCGGCUGCGCAGAAGCGGCUGCGCGGAAGCGGCUGCGCGGAAGCGGCUGCGCGGAAACGGCUGCGCAGAAGCGGCUGCGCAGAAGCGGCUGCGCAGAAGCGGCUGCGCAGAAGCGGCUGCGCAGAAACGGCUGCGCAGAAACGGCUGCGCAGAAACGGCUGCGCAGAAACGGCUGCGCAGAAACGGCUGCGCAGAAACGUAUGCGCAGAAACGGCUGCGCAGAAACGGCUGCGCAGAAACGGCUGCGCAGAAACGGCUGCGCAGAAACGGCUGCGCAGAAACGGCUGCGCAGAAACGGCUGCGCAGAAACGGCUGCGCAGAAACGGCUGCGCAGAAACGGCUGCGCAGAAACGGCUGCGCAGAAACGGCUGCGCAGAAACGGCUGCGCAGAAACGGCUGCGCAGAAACAGCUGCGCAGAAACAGCUGCGCAGAAACAGCUGCGCAGAAACAGCUGCGCAGAAACAGCUGCGCAGAAACAGCUGCGCAGAAGCAGCUGCGCAGAAGCAGCUGCGCAGAAACAGCUGCGCAGAAACAGCUGCGCAGAAACAGCUGCGCAGAAACAGGGCGCAGAAACAGCUGCGCAGAAACAGCUGCGCAGAAACAGCUGCGCAGAUACAGCUGCGCAGAUACAGCUGCGCAGAUACAGCUGCGCAGAUACAGCUGCGCAGAAACAGCUGCGCAGAUACAGCUGCGCAGAAAGAGCUGCGCAGAAACAGCUGCGCAGAAACAGCUGCGCAGAAACAGCUGCGCAGAAACAGCUGCACAGAAACAGCUGCGCAGGAACAGCUGCGCAGAAACAGCUGCGCAGAAACAGCUGCGCAGGAACAGCUGCGCAGGAACAGCUGCGCAGAAACAGGUGCGCAGAAACAGCUGCGCAGAAACAGCUGCGCAGGAACAGCUGCGCAGGAACAGCUGCGCAGGAACAGCUGCGCAGGAACAGCUGCGCAGAAACAGCUGCGCAGGUACAGCUGCGCAGGAACAGCUGCGCAGGAACAGCUGCGCAGCAACAGCUGCGCAGAAACAGCUGCGCAGAAACAGCUGCGCAGAAACAGCUGCAGAAACAGCUGCGCAGAAACAGCGGCGCAGAAACAGCGGCGCAGAAACAGCGGCGCAGAAACACUCUAUAGCCUCCGGUUACAGGAGCGAACAGCUGCGCAUAAGCGGCUGCGCAGAAGCGGCUGCGCAGAAGCGGCUGCGCAGAAGCGGCUGCGCAGAAGCGGCUGCGCAGAAGCGGCUGCGCAGAAGCGGCUGCGCAGAAGCGGCUGCGCAGAAGCGGCUGCGCAGAAGCGGCUGCGCAGAAGCGGCUGCGCAGAAGCGGCUGCGCAGAAGCGGCUGCGCAGAAGCGGCUGCGCAGAAGCGGCUGCGCAGUAGCGGCUGCGCAAAACGGCUGCGCAGAAACGGCUGCGCAGAAACGGCUGCGCAGAAGCGGCUGCGCAGAAGCGGCUGCGCAGAAGCGGCUGCGCAGAAGCGGCUGCGCAGAAGCGGCUGCGCAGAAGCGGCUGCGCAGAAGCGGCUGCGCAGAAGCGGCUGCGCAGAAGCGGCUGCGCAGAAGCGGCUGCGCAGAAACGGCUGCGCAGAAACGGCUGCGCAGAAACGGCUGCGCAGAAACGGCUGCGCAGAAACGGCUGCGCAGAUACGGCUGCGCAGGAACGGCUGCGCAGGAACGGCUGCGCAGGAACGGCUGCGCAGGAACGGCUGCGCAGGAACGGCUGCGCAGGAACGGCUGCGCAGGAACGGCUGCGCAGGAACGGCUUCGCAGGAACGGCUGCGCAGAAGCGGCUGCGCAGAAGCGGCUGCGCAGAAGCGGCUGCGCAGAAGCGGCUGCGCAGAAGCGGCUGCGCAGAAGCGGCUGCGCAGAAGCGGCUGCGCAGAAGCGGCUGCGCAGAAGCGGCUGCGCAGAAGCGGCUGCGCAGAAGCGGCUGCGCAGAAGCGGCUGCGCAGAAACGGCUGCGCAGAAACGGCUGCGCAGAAACGGCUGCGCAGGAACGGCUGCGCAGAAACGGCUGCGCAGAAACGGCUGCGCAGAAACGGCUGCGCAGAAACGGCUGCGCAGAAACGGCUGCGCAGAAACGACUGCGCAGAAACAGCUGCGCAGAAGCAGCUGCGCAGAAGCAGCUGCGCAGAAUCAGCUGCGCAGAAGCAGCUGCGCAGAAGCAGCUGCGCAGAAGCAGCUGCGCAGAAGCAGCUGCGCAGAAACAGCUGCGCAGAAACAGCUGCGCAGAUACAGCUGCGCAGAUACAGCUGCGCAGAUACAGCUGCGCAGAAACGGCUGCGCAGAAACGGCUGCGGAGAAACGGCUGCGCAGAAACGGCUGCGCAGAAACGUAUGCGCAGAAACGGCUGCGCAGAAACGGCUGCGCAGAAACGGCUGCGCAGAAACGGCUGCGCAGAAACGGCUGCGCAGAAACGGCUGCGCAGAAACGGCUGCGCAGAAACGGCUGCGCAGAAACGGCUGCGCAGAAACGGCUGCGCAGAAACGGCUGCGCAGAAACGGCUGCGCAGAAACAGCUGCGCAGAAACAGCUGCGCAGAAACAGCUGCGCAGAAACAGCUGCGCAGAAACAGCUGCGCAGAAGCAGCUGCGCAGAAACAGCUGCGCUGAAGCAGCUGCGCAGAAACAGCUGCGCAGAAACAGCUGCGCAGAAACAGCUGCGCAGAAACAGUGCGCAGAAACAGCUGCGCAGAAACAGCUGCGCAGAAACAGCCGCGCAGAAACAGCCGCGCAGAAACAGCUGCGCAGAUACAGCUGCGCAGAUACAGCUGCGCAGAAACAGCUGCGCAGAAACAGCUGCGCAGAUACAGCUGCGCAGAUACAGCUGCGCAGAAACAGCUGCGCAGAAACAGCUGCGCAGAAACAGCUGCGCAGAAACAGCUGCGCAGAAACAGCUGCGCAGGAACAGCUGCGCAGAAACAGCUGCGCAGAAACAGCUGCGCAGAAACAGCUGCGCAGGAACAGCUGCGCAGGAACAGCUGCGCAGAAACAGCUGCGCAGGAACAGCUGCGCAGGAACAGCUACGCAGGAACAGCUGCGCAGGAACAGCUGCGCAGGAACAGCUGCACAGGAACAGCUGCGCAGGAACAGCUGCGCAGGAACAGCUGCGCAGGAACAGCUGCGCAGGAACAGCUGCGCAGAAACAGCUGCGCAGAAACAGCGGCGCAGAAACAGCGGCGCAGAAACACUCUAUAGCCUCCGGUUACAGGAGCGUACCUCCAUGUUCAAUGUUUUUUGGGCAGUUGAACAUGUAA